UCUGCAUCUGCAUCCGGCAUUUGGAUGAAGCAUCCAUAUGCAAAAGCUUGGGCCAUUUCUCUGAUUUCUAACGAAGUCCUGCCCAAUCAUCGGGCACUAGCUUUCUUUUCCUGAAGCUUCCCGUUUCCAUCCCCCCCCGUGCCUGGAGCUGCUUCUCCUUUUGCAUCCGCCUCAAACCAUGAUCUGCACCUCCCGCAUCGUACGACUGGCAGAAGAACUACAGAUGCCUCAUGGCGGUUGAACCGCGUACGUCCUUUCUAGCUAUUCUUGUCUGAUAUAUUGCAUCAUCCCUGCCGUUGCCCAUCUUGCUGCGUCUAGAAAUUACGUUGCAGCCGCUGCCGUGUUACUUGUGUUACUUUCCUUGCCUACCCUUGACCCCCCCACCCCUACGAACAAAGACAUCAUCAUGGCGACCCUUUCGCCCAAGGUAUCGCUCGAUGGAGAAGAUCUUUCCUCCGGGCGUAAUUCUAGCAUAUCGACCUCCUCUCGGUCUGGUAGCACAAGUAUGCCCGACAGCCCCCGGAGAAAGUCAAUUCAGUUCAGCAUAGGGAGAUCCGAGUCGCUGCCGCCAUCCCGACCGAGUAGUACCACAGGGCGGAAAAGCUCGCAGAUCGACAUACAGGAGAAAGAACAAAAACAGGCUGGUCGGGGACUCUCACCUCCGCCUCCUCAAACCUAUGAACGUGGGGUUUCAUUCGACACCUUUGAUAAUCCUGAUGCGGCGGAUUUUUCCCUCACCUUGAAUUACAAACAUAAGGGGUAUCAGAGUACCCGUCGCAGCCGGACAUUCUUGUGCGGCACCGACCAGAACGAUUAUUCCGACUUUGCACUAGAGUGGCUGAUCGACGAGUUGGUGGAUGAUGGCGAUGAAAUUGUGUGUCUCCGGGUCGUCGAAAAGGAUUCUAGCAUCGCAAGUGAUGCUGCAGUUGAGGCGGGAAAGUAUCGCCAGGAAGCAGAGAGGCUUUUUGAACAGGUCAUUCAGAAGAAUUCUCAAAACGAGAAGGCUAUAAGCUUAGUGCUGGAGCUGGCGGUUGGGAAGGUCCAGGAAAUCAUCCAACGAAUGAUUAAAAUUUAUGAACCCGCUGUCCUAAUCGUGGGCACACGAGGCAGGAAUUUAGGCGGCGUGCAGGGCCUACUUCCCGGCUCUGUCUCCAAAUACUGCCUGCAGCACUCCCCGAUCCCGGUAAUCGUGGUACGACCUUCACCCAAACGAGAAAAGAAGAAGAAGAAACGUCUCGCAGAUCCCACCAGACGUAGUUAUACCCAGAUUCUGGAAAUGAGCGAACGCCAAGGAAGUCACAUAUUUAGUGGAAAAUCGAGCAGAAACAGCAGCGUCUCCAAACUUCCCGACGAAGAAGCUGCUGUGGCUGCGGCUCUUGGGCUUCCUCGGUAUUACACCAACUCGCGGAGCUCCCUUUCAACUUCCGACAGGAGCAGUGUCAGCCAUGAUGGAUCCCUGUCUCCCAUGGGAGAUUCCCUUGAGGGUAUCCGAAGGACUUCGACAUCAGAGUCGAGAGAUUAUUUCUCGAGUCGAGCAAGAUCUGACCAGGCGCCUUUAUCGUCACCACCUUUGGAGAAUGGGACGGAAGUAUCGUCAAAAGAUGUAUCCCCCAUGGACAGCGAACUACCCACGCCGAACGAGGGCGAAGUAUCGAGCGCGAGUGAAACAACUCCACAAGCGUCCAGUCCGAAACUAAAUAUCCCCGUUAUUGUGACGGAGGGUAUCCCAAAUCAUCCCGAAACCAAGGAGGAUUAAUUUUUUUUCGACUUUUGAGCUAUAUCCUUUUUUUUUUUUUUU